UUAUCCUGCUGGAAGUAACCAUCAGAAGAUGGUACACUGGGGUCAUAAAGGGAUGGACAUGGUCAACAAUAAUAUUCAGGUCAGCUGUGGCGUUGUAACCAUGUCCAAGUGGUACUAAGGGGCCCAAAGUUUACCAAGAAAAUAUCCCCCACAUCAUGACACUACCACCACCAGCCUGAACUGUUGAUUUAAGGCAGGAUGGAUCCAUGCUACAGGAGGGUCACCCGGUGUGGUCUGCCUUAAGGUUGGAUGUGUUGUGUGUUCAGAGAUGCUCUUCUGCUGCAGACCUCGAUUGUAACAAGUGGCUUUUUGAAUUACUAUUGGCUUUCUAUCAGCUGGAAACAAUCUGACCUCUGGCAUCAACAAGGCAUUUCUGCCAUUUUGCUCAGUUGAGUUGCUGCCAUAUGAUUGGCUGAUUAGAAAUUUAUGUGAACAGGCAGUUGAAAAUGUGUGACUAAUAAAGUGGUCAGUGAGUGUAGAAUGGCUGAUACCUCUUUAUUUCUCAAUAGAAGUUUGUGGGAUUUUGGCUUCCUGGCUAGAGGGGAGGGGUCAUUCAGUCCAGUUCCCAUCUACAUUCUAUGCUCCCUCUCUAAAUCAAUAAUACAAAAUACUACGUAUGUGAAAAACUAUUUUACUACACCAUUUCUUUUCCUUUUGGAGGUUCUUCCCAGUAUUUCCCAGUUUUGUUCUUGAAUAAAAUAAUUCAACAGAAAGCCAUUUUCUGGUUUUGUAAAAACCAGAAUUCAUCUCUGAAAGCCUUUUAACCAAGGAUGCCAUUUAAAAAAAAGUGACAAAUGUUUGUUCUGAUAAGUUUUCUCAUUAAAUGUUGGCUAUCCUUUCUGUGUCUGGCUGCACUACAGGGCAUAAAUAAAAGAGUGACCUCCGUAUGCAUUUCAUAUCCCACAGUAGAGUAUUUAAUUGCAAAAUUAAAAUGUAAAUAACUCACUUUUUUGGCGUGUGAGCAUAGAACGACAAAUAGUUGUUGGUCAUCACUAAAUGGAGCUAAUCUCAUGACAUCGCGCGGGUCUUACACACCGACGUACCUGCGGUCAGGUGUUGUCAGGUCGGCCUCGCUCGUGCAGCUCCACUAGGGCUGACAGACAGGAAUGGAGUUUCAGGACGGGGGCUUGGGGCGGGGAAGGAGGACAGCUCAGGAGAAACUUGUGAGAACUCGCCCGAGUCUGUCCAGGAAGACGAGGAAGACGGGGAUAAGUGGGCAGGGAGGACUUGCGGCGGAACAAGAGUAAAAUAAAAAGACGGGGCAUUGCUAUCUCGCCGUUUUUUAGCGGAGUUUGUUUGUGCCACAAACCGUGAGCAAUGCCCGGCACGAGGAAGCUGUGAGUCGGACUAACUGUAAAAGGAGAAGUAUCUCAGCAUACUUCACUCAGCUGAAGGGAUUGGUUGGUCGGCGAGAGAUGGAUUCACUAAAGAAAGAGCUGGAAGAGGAGCUGAAGCUCAACACCGAGGAUCUGAGGAGCCACGCCUGGUACCACGGACAGCUGACCCGGGAGGCUGCAGAGUCACUGUUGCAUAGAGAUGGGGACUUCCUUGUUCGGGACUCUAGUUCUGAGCCGGGGAACUACGCUUUGAGCUGCUUUUGGAGGAGCUCUCGGCUGCACUUUAAGGUCAUUCGAGUCGUUCUUCGUCCUAAAAAGGGCCACUCACGGGAGCUGUUUCAGUUUGAGGAAGACCGCUUCGAAAACGUUCCGUCACUCAUCCGGUUUUAUGUGGGUGGGCGUCGCCCUAUCUCCAAAGCUUCGGGCGCCAUCAUCUUUCAGCCAAUCACACGGACCCUUCCUCUGCGUGCCAUCGCCGAGCGACAAAUAGAGCUCAGGAGCAGCGGCGUCAGAAGUGCGGAGAGGGAAAAACUGUUCACGCACAGUAAACGACGCAGCUUCAGCUCCACACACAACGACACACUCCAAGUCAUCAAUCCCUUGCUCAGGAGUGGAAGCCAACCUGCUAACAUGGAGAAUGUUGGACGGAGGCCUUCUCUUCAGUCUGCACAGUCGGACAGCAACCUUAGAACUGGUGUUCCAGAGAGCAGCCAGUCAGAGGACACUGGCCCUGAUCCCGUCUCUCCAGUGUUUCGCACAGGCAGUGAGCCUCUGCUGAGCCCACGACCGCGUCAUACACGGCCCUCCCUCCUAGGUGGUGGCGCGACCUUGCGAGGUUCGGACGGGCAGCUGCACUCCAGAGCUCCCCCCAAACCCCUCAGAGUGUCUGUUGUUUUCCCCAACGCAAUACCUCCUCCACCCACUGACGCAGAUGAAGACCCUUCCUCUUUCUAUGAUGAACUGGUGAUCCAGAUGCCUCAGAGCAGACGGAAGGGCCAUGUGGACCGGCUGCGUGUAGAGGAGAAGUGGCAAAGUCGCGCACGCAUCACAGAGACUUCCUUUGGACUACUGGACGCUCAGGAAAACGAAACAUCACCACAGCCGCUAUUUGAUAAAGAUUUCCCGAGGAAAGCGUCAGAGAAAGUAGAAGACUGGCAUUUUGAACGGCCAAAGAUGGAGACAACCUCAUGUUUCCAGCUGGAGCUUUUUGAAUCACUGCUUUUGCCAGAAAACAACCGACCUUUGGAGCCCAGCGUCCUGCUCAUACUCAAAGAGCACUUCAACCGCUCCGAUCCAAGCAUAACCGCUCUGCACAUGCUCAGUGUUGACUGUCAGGUUGCUAGGAUUGUUGGGGUGACCAAUGAGCAGAAAAGGACCAUGGGAGUAGAUUCAGGACUGGAGCUUGUGACUCUACCACAUGGACGCCAACUACGACAGGAUUUGCUAGAAAGACAUCAUCUAAUAGCACUAGGAGUGGCAAUAGACAUCCUGGGCUGCACAGGAACUGUGAGUCAGAGAGCAACUGUUUUGCACAAAAUAAUCUUGUUGGCUCAUGCCCUGAAAGAGCAGGUCCACAACCUUUAUUCCUUCUCAGCUGUGAUGAAAGCUCUGGAGAUGCCUCAGAUUGUGCGCCUGGAGAUGACAUGGAGAGCACUGAGAAGGAACCAUACAGAGAGUGCAAUAUUAUAUGAAAAAAAGCUCAAACCCUUCAUGAAGUUACUGAAUGAGGGAGAUGGCUCUUCAUUUGACAAUACUGUAGCCAUCCCACACCUAAUUCCUCUGCUAAUGGUCAUGGAGGGAGAGGAUCCUCUGGAGAACAGCGAUCAGGGCUGCCAGCUGCUUUACAAUGUCCUUCAGUCAGCUCGGAGUAUUGCCCUGCACGCUGGGGACUAUCAGGAGUUUGCAAAAUCCCUGCUCUCAGGGGGCUGGGAGCCGGUGCCCGAGCUGCUGGAGGCCUUCCGGACCGAGUUCGCCCUGCGGCUGUUUUGGGGUCAGCAGGGUGCAACUGCAGGCAGAAAAGAGAGAUAUGAGAAAUUUGACAAGAUUCUUCAUGUCCUCUCUGAUAAACUGGAGCCUGUGGAAGUCGUCCCACAACAAGCAGACUCUUGACUUUGAGCUGUUUACCGAUCAGA